AUGGAUGAUGACUCAAUGAUGACAUUAGCAGUGUUAUGGUUCGCCUUCAUCCUCUUCGUCGUCUUGACACCUGAAAACAACGAACCUCCUCCCAUUAACCCACUUGAACAAAAAGCACUCUACAAUCUUCUCAACUCCAUCGACCCAACCACUCCUUGGACCACCCUCUACCCCCACGGUUUCUGCAUCUCACCUCCGUCCUUCCUCCAUUGCGACUCCAAAUCACACAUUGUCCAACUCAACUUCGGUUUCAUUUCCGAUCAAACCGAUCUUCUACCUUGUUCCCCUAACGCUACUCUCCAAGAUCCUCUUCUCUUCACUGCAUUCCCCUACCUCCGCAAAAUCUCCUUCUCCAACUGCUUCAACAACACACACAAACCCAUUCACUCCAUUCCCUCUUUCCCCCCAUCUCUCCAACACCUACUCUUCAUUGAUAACCCUUCAUUUAUUUCACCUCUCCAACCAUUUCUCACCAACCUCACCGCCUCUUUAAAGAAACUUGUCUUGAUCGGAAAUGGCUUCUAUGGCGAACUCCCGCAGCAGAUAGGUGCCUUUCAUGACCUUCUUGAGCUUACUCUUUCAAGAAACAAUCUCUCCGGCGAGAUUCCGGCGAGUAUCGGAAGUCUGAAGAAACUGGAGAUUCUUGACCUCAGUCAUAACGGGUUUAACGGGUGUGUCCCUCAACAGGUUGGGAGUCUCAUUUCACUUUCUAAACUUAACUUGAGCUAUAACAGCUUUGGUUGUAAAAUACCAGAGACUUUUAUUCACUUGAAAAACUUGGAGUUUUUGGAUUUAAGCUUUAACCGUUUUGGUAAGUUUGGUGUCCCUUUGUUCUUAGGACAGCUUUCCAAAAUCAAACAAGUUUAUUUAAGUGGGAAUAAACUCUCCGGUGAGAUUCCGGAAAUAUGGGAGAAACUUGGUGCUGUUGAAAAAAUAGGAUUUUCCAAUAUGGGGUUGGUUGGUGAAAUCCCAGCUUCAAUGGUUGUUUAUUUGGAAAAUCUAUCUUAUCUUGGCCUUGAUAACAACAACCUACAAGGUCGUAUUCCUGAUGGAUUUUGGUAUCUUUUGCCGUAUGUUGAUGAGAUCAACUUGGAGAACAAUAAUUUGACUGGUAGAAUGGAAGUCACCUGUGGAGGAGAUGUUGUACUGAAAAAGAUGAAGUUGGCAGGAAAUAUUGGGUAUCAUUUGAAUAUCACCAGUGAUGGCUGUUCUUCUUGUCCAAAGGGAGGUACCAUGGGUCACUCCAAAAGAAAUGGUGAAUUCUGA